GUUUCCUCUGUUCUUCGCUCCUGUUCUCUCUCAGUUCAAAGACCUCUCUCUCUCUCGCGUGAUUCUUUCAUGGAAGUCGAGAGUGUCGCUCUUCAUACUCUCGAUCUCCCACCGCCAACAUUCCGUUCCUCCUUAAAUAUGGAAUCGGAACUGAUGGUUCUGGAAGCCGAUCAAGCUCCCGAAGCGCUCGAGUCGGCGGUCCUCGGCGGCGGUCCUCCGUCGCCACCGGUUGUCCAAUCCGAGCUGGGAGAUCUUCCGGCGGCGGCCUCUGAGCUCAACUCGAUGAUCACUGGAGCUCAUCCGGAUUCCAAAGCUCUCGGAGCUACGGCGGCGGACGAUCCGCCCUUUCCGGCGGUUCCUGGAGAUCGUCCGGACCGCGACGGCCUCGAAUCGACGACCGUCGAGCUCGGGUCAACUGUUGUCCCAACUCAUCUGGAGUGCAAAGAGCUAAAAGCAACGUCAGCAGGCGCUCCGCCCUUUCGUUUGGUACUCGAGGAAGCGGUUCUUGGAGCUCAUCCAGAACGCGACGGGGUUGAACAGCCGGUAAACGAAGCUCCCAUCUCUGUUAGAUCGGAGUCGAAAGCGGCGACGAAGGUUCAGAAGGUUUACAGGAGCUACCGCACAAGGCGCAGGUUAGCAGACUCCGCCGUCGUCGCCGAGGAGCUCUGGUGGCAAGCGAUAGACUAUGCUCGCCUCAGCCACAGUACGGUUUCGUUCUUCGACCAUCAAAAUCCGGAGACGCCGAUCUCGCGAUGGAAUCGAGUUAGCCUGAACGCUUCCAAGGUUGGUCAGGGUUUAUCCAAAGACGACAGAGCUCUGAAGCUGGCUUUUCAACACUGGAUCGAGGCUAUUGAUCCACGACAUCGUUAUGGACAUAACCUCCACUACUACUAUGAAGAAUGGUGUAAAAGCGAGGACGGCCAACCUUUCUUCUACUGGCUGGAUAUUGGUAAUGGCAGAGAUGUGGAUCUUAAAGAAUGCCCAAGGUCACAGCUUCGGAAACAAUGCAUUCAAUAUCUUGGACCUCAAGAGCGGGAGCAUUAUGAAUAUGUGCCAAUAGAGGGAAAAAUUGUGCACAAACAAACUGGAGAGCUUCUUGAUACAACUAAAGGAUCUGAAGGAGCAAAGUGGAUUUUUGUUUUGAGCACUUCCAGAAGAUUGUAUGCUGGAAAGAAAAAGAAAGGUAUGUUCCACCAUUCUAGCUUCCUUGCAGGAGGUGCCACUGUAGCAGCUGGAAGAUUCACCGCAGAAAAUGGAAUUCUUAAGUCAAUAUGGGCCUACAGUGGUCAUUAUCGUCCAUCUGAUGAGAACCUCAACAAAUUCUUGAGCUUACUCAGGGAGAAUGGGGUUGAUUUGGAUGAAGUUCAGAUACGUUCCUCAUCAAAUGAAGACUAUGAAGAUGCAAAAGAAACUCUUCAGAUUGACGGGGUGAUCGAAGCAUUUAAAUCUUCCAUAGUUCCAAGACUUGUCAUGCCUACAGAAAGGGAGAGAAGCCAAUACGUGGAACAAACUGCGGGUACCCAAGCUGAUGAGAAUGUUCAAGUUGAAACUAAAGCUAGCUACAAAAGAACGUUGUCUGGUGGCCUUCAAAGCCCGAAAGCUGAUGUUCCCCGGAAGGCAAUUUUAGAAAGAAUGAAGUCCAAGAGUAAAACAAGCUCCUACCAGCUGGGGCAUCAACUUUCCAGGAAAUGGAGCACCGGAGCUGGUCCAAGGAUUGGUUGUGUUGCGGACUAUCCUGUAGAAGUCAGGGUCCAGGCACUGGAGUUCGUGAACCUGUCACCUAGGAUUAUUCCCACACGAACUCGUUCCGAAGGAUUUGCCAUAUAUUCAUCACCCACCUCGACCUUGUCACCCACCUGGGCCGCCUCGGCUGAUGCUAGAAUUUAAACUUUCCCAAUCACUUCAUUCUUGUACCCGUACCAACCCAUUGUCCAUGGCCCGGUUUUGAGAAAUUAGAACUACAGCAUCGCAUGCUCCAACUUUUGGUUGGUUGCCCUUUCCAGCAUUUUGAUACUAGAUGCUAGGACUGGAUCUAAACUAGUGCUAUGAUGAAAGUAUAUGUAUAUCAUACAAGAUCAAUUUUGUAUGCAUGCUAUAAUAAACAUGACGAUAAAUCAACUCUCUUUUCUUGGUGACC